GAUCCAGGUGGGGUCAUGCUGGCUUGGCUCAUAUUCGUGGCUGAAGAAGGCAAUUUGCAUUCUUGCACUGAAUUGCCGCUCCAAAGAAACCACUUGCCAAUUUGCCAAUUUAACGACGUCAGGGGGCGGUGGGACCCACCCACUCACACUUCCACCUCACAUCUCACCUCCACGAAAGCAAUCACAAUACAUGAGGGGCUUGCGUGGCUGCUCUGCUCGCUUUGGCUUUUGGUUUUGGAAGCUGUUCAUUGCCAUUGCCAUUGCCAAUGGCUGUCGCUUCCAGAAGUUCCCAGUCCUUCUUUGUACUUCACUUCUCUUCUCUUUCGAUUACCAUUUUGCUUUGCUCUUUCCUUCUCUCUCCUCUUCCAACUGCAGCUUUCGCUUCCUCCGGUAAGUGAUGCUGAUGGCUAUCUUGAGAGGACAUUCUUAAGCCCAGCUUCUGUGAAGGCAGGGAAUCUUAUUCGUCAAUGGAUGGAGGAAGCUGGAUUGAGAACGUGGAUUGAUUACAUGGGGAAUGUGCAUGGUCGGGUUGAGGGAAGGAAUGAAAGCGCUGAGGCUCUCUUAAUUGGUUCUCAUUUGGACACUGUUGUUGAUGCUGGAAUCUUUGAUGGCUCGUUAGGCAUCAUCUCUGCAUUAGCUGCAUUAAAGGUUCUGAAUAGCAAUGGGAAGUUGCAAGCAGUAAGGCGACCAAUCGAGGUAAUUGCAUUUAGUGACGAGGAGGGAGUAAGGUUUCAAUCUACGUUCUUGGGCAGUGCUGCUGUAGCUGGGAUUUUGCCAGCUUCAGCAUUGCAUAUAUCUGAUAAAAGUGGUGUAACAGUUGAAGAUGUUCUUAAGGAUAGCUCCUUGGAUAUUACAGAGGAAAACUUGUUGAAGGUCAAAUAUGAGCCAAGAUCUGUUUGGGGUUAUGUUGAGGUUCACAUUGAACAAGGACCUGUACUAGAACAUACUGGCUUUCCUCUAGCAGUGGUUAAAGGCAUAGCUGGUCAGACACGGUUAAAGGUUACAGUUAGAGGUUCUCAAGGGCAUGCUGGAACUGUUCCAAUGUCUAUGCGUCAGGACCCUAUGCCUGCUGCUGCUGAAGGGAUUGUAUUGUUGGAAAGUCUAUGUAAAUGUCCAGAAGAAUUUCUGUCUUAUGAUGGUCACUGCAAGAGUAUCUCAUUAAAAUCACUUUCAAGUUCCCUUGUCUGUACUGUUGGAGAGAUAACAACCUGGCCUAGUGCAAGUAAUGUCAUUCCAGGCCAGGUUACAUUUACUAUUGAUUUACGCACCAUAGAUGACAUGGGACGUGAGGCUGUUAUUUAUGAGUUCUCCAAUAGGAUGCAUCAAAUAUGUGAUCAGCGUUCAGUUUCAUGUACAAUUGAGCGCAAGCAUGAUGCCAAUGCAGUUCUUUGUGAUACUGAGUUAAGUAUGAGAUUGAAGUCUGCAGCAUACUCCGCUGUUACAAGACUGACCGGUGAGAUUCAGGAUGAAGUACCGGUCUUAAUGAGUGGUGCCGGACAUGAUGCAAUGGCUAUGUCGCAUUUAACUAAGGUUGGUAUGCUAUUUGUCCGCUGCCGUGGAGGGGUAAGUCACUCACCCGAAGAGAAUGUAUUGGAUGAAGAUGUUUGGACAUCUGGCUUGGCAGUUUUGUCAUUCAUAGAGACUCAGUUGUGAAUUAGAACAUUUAGCAGUAUUGUUUGUACAGAAACAGUCAAUAAAUAAAAGUACGUUCAGUUUAUGCUUCGUUUAGGGGUAAUGUCCUCUGCAGUUCUUGUAAUCUUACAAAUAUAAUGCCUCUAUGUGCUAAUUGCAGUAAAGGUUAACCACUGUUUCAUUUUAAA